UUGGAACGCAGCGUACAAGUUGCUUACUCUCCCCGGGAUGUGUUAAUCAACAGCCAAUAGCUUCGUGGAAAACAACCCACGCCACUACAGUGACAAUGAUGUUACCUAAUUGCUAGCCAGCUUCUGCAUCUGGGAACAUAAAAACAGAGACAUUCUGGCCAAACCCACACAGAAAACAUGUCUGAACCCGAGUAUGGGACGUUGAUUAUGAACGCUAUUGAUUCACUAGUGUAUAUAGGUAAAACCAAAGCAGACUUUGAGAAGAUAUGUAAAAGGGUAAAGAAACAUGGGUUGAACCCAGAUCGCACCCGUGCAGAACUGGAGAAACUGGUCCAAGAAAAGAAGGUAGAAAUUAAAGACAGCAACGGCUCCAUUUCCUACCGGAACGCCGCACAUUCGCCGAGAAAACGCCGGAAAAAGAGUGAGGUCACUCCUGACUGCAGUAGUGGCAGCGGCAAUUCACAAGGCAAACGUGCCACUUUCAGCGACAAUGACAACAACGACAGCAUAGACAGCUUCAUGGAUGAAGAGGACUAUGGAGACAAGGAACCGGAACCUAUGGGGCCUACGCAGAACCUUCACCCCCAAACCCCAAUACAACCCCUUGCCACAGCCACUGUGUUAGAAAAUACAGGAGGCUUCGCCACACCAACAGCUAGUCACAUCUGUAAAUUUUGCGGGAAGCAGUACAAGUACUUCAAGUCUUACCAGGAGCAUGUAGCUAUACAUCAGUCCCAAGAUGCAGCCAUUCAGUCACCGUGUUCACAGCAGACAGAGAAUGUCAAGAAAUUCACCACAAGCCACUCUGAUCGCAGGCCUCCAGGAUCAGAGCUGAGGAUUGUGCUGCUGGGGAAAACUGGAGUAGGAAAGAGUGCAACAGGAAACACCAUUCUGGGGAAACAGGCAUUCAAUGAAGAUUUCAUUUUUCACCCUGUCACUUCAGUUCCUGCAAGUGAGACUACCAAUGUAUUUGGGAGACAGAUCACAGUGAUCGACACCCCAGGACUACUUGGUACGUCUAAGACAGCAGCUGAGCUGGAAAGUGAGAUAGAGAAGUGUAUUGAUUUGUCGGUUCCUGGGCCUCAUGCUUUUCUGAUAGUGAUCAGACUGGGAGUGUUAUUCACAGAGGAGGAGAGGAACGCAGUGCAUUGGAUCAAGGGUAAGUUUAGCAAGAGAGCCGCACACUUCACCAUGGUUCUUUUCACUCAUGAAGAUAUCCUGAAGGGUAGAACAGUGGAAAAUGUUCUAGAUGAAAAGGUCCAGACCUUGAUAGACAGCUGUGAGGGUGGAUAUCACACCUUCAAUAAUGCCCAGAGAGAGGACAAGACUCAGGUGAAGAAGCUUCUGGAGAAGAUAGACACCAUGGUGGAAAACAACGACGGAGAAUACUACACAAACAAGAAAUACCAGGCUGUGAUCAGACAUCAGAGAUCAGAGAUCAGAGAAGACGAAAAGGCAGAUAAGAAGAGAGCCCUUCAUGAAAGUUCGUCAACAGUGAACCUACCCAAAGAGAAGAAUCACACCCUAGAGGAGAGAAAGAAGCCGUCUGUACAACGUGUGAAGCCUACUGUCAGUAGUACACAGCAUGAAGGAAAAUCCGUCCACACAGGUUCAACUAGCAACAAUGGAGAGGGUGCAAAGCGUCCCAGAAUGUCUUCUCCCUCCAACACAGAAGCAACUACAUCGGGACUCCCACAAGCCAACCAGUCCCCUGCUAAGAGACAUUACGCCACAGAGCAACACACUUCACAGUGUACAGAGAUCCCUACCACGAGCAGAGAGACAACAGUGCAGGACACAUCACACAUUGCAAUGGCCUCAGUAAGUCAAUUGCUGCGAGAAACAUUGUACAACUUGUCUAAAUCCGACUUCAAGAGGUUCAAGCAUAUGUUGAAAGAGAAUUCUCAAAUCUCCUGGAGUAAACUGGAGAAAGUUGACCGUGAUGACGUUGUGGACCAAAUGAAGCAGUGCCUUGUGGAAAAGUGUGGUGAGGUCAUGAUUGACAUCUUAAGGAAAAUGGCCAAGAACAAGAUGGCCAAGGACUUGCAGAGGAACCUCAAGAAAGGCAAAGUGAUUGAUGAGGUCAAGAUGACUGUCACUGGAGAUAAUGGAGAUGCAAAUGUGGAUUCUGCAGAAGAGAGACUUUCAAAUGUCUUGAAGGACAAAAUGAAAAGAAAAGUCCAGUAUAUCAUGGAAGGCAAUGACAAUAGACAGAAUAAGAAGCUCCUAAACCAAAUCUCACAAAAGUCUACAUCACUGAGGGAGAAACCAGGGUUGUUAAUGAGCAUGAAAUCACCCAGAUAG